AUGUCGUUUAAGAAAGAUCUAGUUUUACUAUUGAAACCUUAUUAUUGGGUUAAUAUAUUAUUAAGUUUAUCCUACAUAAUUGCUAAACGUUUUUCGAUUCCUUGUGUGUAUCUUUUUGGGGCUGACAAUUGCGAACUCGAUGGAAGGGAGACUGAAAUAUUGUUCUUCUUGAUGAUUGUGGUUAUGAUAAGAACACGAAAAGCUGGCAGUGUCACAAUGAUAAAUUAUUUGACAUCAUCCUUUAUAUAUACAAAGGUUGCAAAUUUAUUCCUCUGGUUUUAUUCAGACGUACGAAUGGGGAUUGUCUUUGGAGUCAUAUUCAUAAUAUGUGGUUUGUUACUCCCCGAGCCGACAUAUUCAGGACCAGAAAAUGUAGUGUACUUCCGUUCCGAAACAGCAUUAGAAGAAGAAUUGUUUAAAGACAAAACUGUUAUCUGGCUGGUAGUCUUUUAUGCGGUUUGGAACCCUGCGUGCACCACUUUUGCUCCAGUUUUUGCCAGAAUUUCAUCAGAGUACCACUUGAAUCAUUUAAAAUUUGGUAAAAUGGACGUUGGAAGGUACCCAGAAGCUGGUCAGAAGUAUCAUGUGUCUGAUAGUUCUCUAAGUCGACAGUUGCCCACAAUAAUAAUGUUUAAAAAUGGUAAAGAGUAUAUGAGAAGACCAACGGUCGAUACAAAGGGGAAACUGCAGAAAUUCUUGUUUUCUGAAGAUAAUGUCAAAGCUGCGUUUGAUUUGAAUAAUUUAUACAAAGAACAAAAAGAAUUUCCUAAACAAAUAAAGGGAGCUGUUUCCAAAAAGCGUGACUAGAUUUUUUGUUUUUAUAUUAUUUGUUGAGAUUCAAGUUUA